AUGAGGCCGAACAGGUCUCCAGAGGAGAGCACUGAGGGAGAUGCCAGGAGAACAGAGCGGAAGCCCAUGGCAAAAGAUGCUUUCAAAGACAUUUCCAUAUACUUCACCAAGGAAGAAUGGGCAGAGAUGGGAGAGUGGGAAAAAAUUCAAUAUAAGAAUGUGAAAAGGAACUACAAAAUGCUGAUUGCUAUAGGUUUCAGAGCCACAAGACUAGCUUUCAUGCAUCACUGCAAGCAGGUCAUCAAACCCCAGGUAGAUGACACUGAGGAUUCUGAUGAAGAAAGGACACCAAGGAAGCAAGGUAAACCUUCUAGGAUGGCCUUCAGAGGGAAGCACAGUAAACAGCAGAAGAGAACAACCAGGGGACCAUUAAAUAAGGUAUCUCGUUUGAAGAAAUUGCCGGGAGCAGCAAAAUUGCGGAAGAAAAGUGGCUCCAAACAGGCUCAGAAACCAGUGCCCCCUCCCAGAGAAGCAAGGACCCCUGGACAGCACCCCAGACACAAAGUCGAACUCAAAAGAAAGGAGACUGAAGUGAAGAGGUACAAUCUGCGAGAGAGAAAGGGCCAUGUGUACCAAGAGGACAGCGAGCCCCAGGAUGAUGAUUACCUCUAUUGUGAGGAAUGUCAGAACUUCUUCAUCGACAGCUGUGCUAUCCAUGGGCCCCCAACCUUCAUAAAGGACUCUGCAGUAGAAAAGGGGCAUGCCAACCGUGCAGCCCUCACUCUGCCCCCUGGGUUAAGAAUCAGACGGUCGGGCAUCCCUAAGGCUGGGCUUGGAGUGUGGAAUGAGGCAUCUGAUCUGCCGCUGGGCCUGCAUUUUGGCCCCUACGAGGGUCAGAUCAUAGACAAUGAAGAGGCCUCCCACAGUGGAUACUCCUGGAUGGUCAACAAAGGGAGAAACAGCUACGAGUAUGUGGAUGGGAAGGACAAGUCUUUGGCCAACUGGAUGAGGUAUGUGAACUGUGCCCGGGAUGACGAGGAGCAGAACCUGGUGGCCUUGCAGUAUCAUGGGCAGAUCUUUUAUCGAACCUGCCAGGUGGUCAGGCCGGGCUGUGAGCUGCUGGUCUGGUAUGGGGACGAGUAUGGCGAGGAACUCGGCAUCAUUCGGGACAGCAGCGGGAAGAGCAAGCUCUCGGGCAGGAGAGAACCAAAGCCCAAGAUCCACCCAUGUGCCUCCUGCUCUCUGUCCUUCUCCAGUCAGAAAUUCCUCAGCCAACAUGUCCAACGCAGUCACCCCUCUAAGAUCCUCCUGAGGCCACCUUCAAGAGACCACCUCCAACCAGAGGAUCCCUGCCCAAGCAAUCAAAUUCAGCAGCAGCGAUAUUCUGAGCCACACAGCCCGAGUGACAAACCAGAGGGUCGAGAGGCCAAGGAAAGGCCCCAUCCUUUGCUGAAAGGCCCCAAACUUUGCAUAAAGCUGAAGAGGAUUUCAAUAGCCUCUUUCUACUCACCCAAAGGACAAAUGGGGAGUUCUGAGGUGCAUGAGAGAAUGGCAGAAGAGCCCAGCACAAGCCAGAAACUGAAUCCAGAGGACACAGGCAAAUUAUUCAUGGGAGCAGGGGUCUCAGGGAUUAUAAGAGUCAAGGUCAUCACAGCAUCUGGACUCCAGAUUCAAUCACAGGGGUCCAGUUCUCAGCCCUGCCCUCAGCAGCUGUGUGACAUGGGCAAGAUGCUCAACCUCUCCUGUGUCUCUAUUCUCAUCUGUGAUACAGGGUGGGAGCACCAGCAUUUUGGUCUGUUGCAUAAGCACAGGCAGAAUCUGGCAGAGGCUGGCUGA